AUGAGAACUCGUUCAGAUGGUGAAGGAGGAACACGACAGACAAUGAAGAAUUCUCGAUGGACAGAGGCGAGAACUCUUUCGACUAAGAGCAUAAGGGAGGCUUGGCAUCAAAACAAUAUUCUCUUCGAUUAUGGAAAAUCACAAGCUGAGCCCAAUCGCUCCAUCUUCUCCUCAGACCCCUUCAGAAACGCCAUUUCCGACAUAGAAGCACCUCAAGGAAACCUUCAUGGUGAUCAACGACAAGAGAACAUCAACGACGACGUUGACUAUAGCCAAAGGGCCCAGUGGCUACGAGUCGCCGUUCUCGGAGCCAACGACGGGUUGCUCUCCACAGCGUCCCUCAUUAUGGGAGUCGGGGCCGUACGUAAGGAUGUCAAGACGAUGGUGCUCACCGGAAUCGCCGGUCUUGUCGCUGGAGCUUGUGGCAUGGCAAUCGGAGAGUUUGUGUCGGUGUACUCGCAGUAUGAUAUCGAGGUAGCCCAGCUGAAGAGGGAAAGAAAAGAGGUGAACAAAGCAAAGUUACCCAACCCGUUGUAUGCGGCGGUAGCCUCAAUAGUUGCGUUUGGCAGCGGUGCUGCGGUGCCGCUGCUGGGGGCGGCGUUUAUAAAAGAGUACAAGGUGAGGUUGGCGGUGGUGGUGGGUGUAGUAAGCCUGGCCUUGUUAGGGUUCGGAGUGUUGAGUGCAUUUUUGGGGAAAGCACCAGUGGUGAAGUCGUCUUCUAGGGUUUUGAUCGGAGGGUGGAUCGCCAUGGGAAUCACUUUUGGUUUAACAAAGUCUAUGGAUUUGAUCAACGUUUGA